AAUUGGAAAGUAGCCGAGGACAACCUUCGAAAUGAUAGGCGGGACCCUGAGCGGAGAAGUUAAGGAGGCUUGAUCUGGGAGGUAUAGCUGCUAUGGGGCUGGUACUUAACCGAUCAGCGGAAUGGUGGUGGUGUGACGGCGUGAGGGGAACAGGGGCGGACUGGGUGUGUACACGCAAGCAGAAGAGGGCCGCGGGGAAGCUGGAACCACACAGUCACGUCUCCUGCUGUGGGGUGUAGCCUAGUCGAGAAAAUAAAGAAAAGGAAAGAGAGAGAGGGAGAGAAACGCAAGGCUCAGCUGGGGCAAGCAGACGAUUGGAGUACAAAUCGUGAGAGACAACCGCUGGAAGCGAACAGUGGAAGGGGAAAGGAGAAAAAAAAACAGACAGGAUCCAAUCUGGCACAGACCGCCACCAUCUCCUCUCCGGUCUCUCCAUCUCGCUGGCUAGUUGCGCACCCACACAGACAGAUGACGCCCCCGCCCACUUCUCAAGACAACUAGGGGAAUGACUGACCGCCUACGGAGAAUACAGUUGACUAGCGUCGUAACUAAGCGAUGCACCUUCUACCCAAAAGCGCAAGCUUUAAGCUAUCAUUUAUCGUAACGUAUAGGCUAGUAUUUUGACGAAUGUCACUACUGACAUUAUUUAAUAACAUAGUUGCGAGUCUCUUCAACGCUGAGUUUUCUUUUCUGCUUCACGAGUUAUUUUCAGCGCGUCGUUGGAUUUUCGAACUCCUUUUGGGGUGAAUUUGUAUGUCUUUCUCUUUAUUCUUAGUCCAAUCUGUUAUAAACAGUUUAUAAUAUCGACAAUGGUUCGAAAAACACCUACCAAACUUCACACUUGAAUCAGACAAUCUUCUCUGGGCCUAUAUCUCUCUCUUUUGAAACGAUUGAGUACACAUCGAGACAAUAGGCUACUGAGAAGUGACAGAACAGGAGACAUCAGACGAGGUGCGCGGACAAGGAUACUACGGUCACGUUCUGUGGAUAGAUAGACUACAGGCAUUUCUAAAAGGUGGGUGGGGAUACUACAGCCGCCAUGCUGUCACUGGACGAGCCUUUGGAUCUGAAGCUUCCGCGGGCCAAUGGGAGGGUCAGGUUGGGAAAGCGAGCGUGUUCGGCUUCAAUCUGCGCCCCGCUCAGUGCCACGCGGCAACGUCUGCUCAGGAACCUACCGAUGACCUACCCCUCACCUCCCCCCUCCCCAGAUACCCCCCUGUUCCACCAGGAGAGGGCGGGCUCCUGCAACCCCCCUGCUAUGGACCUCAGCCUGUCUCCCUCCUCCCGACACGCCCCCUCGCCCUCCCUCUCCCCCUCUUCACAACACAUACCCUCCCCCUCCCCCUCCUCCCCCUUUGACUACCCCACCAGCUGCAGCCCAGCCACACCCCUCUACUCCAGGGAAGCAACUCAUUCUCAUUACCUGGAAGGUGGUGCUUCUCCGCAGGGAUUCCAGUUCUUCCUGCCAAUCGGAGCCACAGGAGCGGGGUUCAACUUGCCGUCCUCCAUGUUCAUUGGUCAACCUGGGGAGAAGCUGGCGUCUCCCGAGCCCUCGUCAGAUGAGCAGCUGGCCUGUCGUUGGACGAAGUGCCAUCUGCUGUUUGACACGCUACAGGACUUGGUGGACCACAUCAAUGACUUCCAUGUCAAACCCGAAAAGGAUUCUGGGUACUGCUGCCACUGGGAGGGGUGUGCCCGCAAUGGGAGGGGCUUCAAUGCCAGGUACAAGAUGCUGAUCCACAUCAGGACACACACUAAUGAGAAACCUCACCACUGUCCUACCUGCAACAAGAGCUUCUCUCGUCUGGAGAAUCUCAAGAUACAUACACGUUCACACACAGGAGAGAAGCCGUAUAUCUGUCCGUACGAGGGCUGCAGCAAGCGCUACUCCAACUCCAGCGACCGCUUCAAGCACACGCGCACCCACUACGUCGACAAGCCCUACUGCUGCAAGAUGGCCGGCUGCCUGAAGCGCUACACGGACCCCAGCUCCCUCCGCAAGCACAUCAAGGCCCACGGACACUACGUCUCCACCCAGGAACGGGCCUCCUCGGCUGGAUUUGGGGUCCUCCUCAAAGGAGGUGGUCCGGGGCUCCGCGGAGGUAGCGGCGGAGGGGUCCCUGAUAUGGGCUACGUCGGCGGGACCCAUAUUAUCAUCCCGGGGGCGGCCGCGGUAGCUUCGCUUCUAGGGGGCCACCAUGUGUUGUCCGGUCUUGGGGCCUCCCUGCCCCUCUCCACCUUUUGUGGCCCACGGGGGCCCUUGGACCUCAGCGGACUAGGGAACCCUGGAGCCUCCCUGUUCUCACUGGGUGGUGGAGGGCUAGGGCUCCCGUUCGGACUCUCGGCCGCGUCCAUGUUCGGGUUGACCUCGGCGGGGCUGGGUCGGCUAGGCAGCGAGGAGAGCAGGAGAUGGGGGGCGGAGGAGGGAGGAGGCGAGGAGGAAAGGGAGAGGGAGAAUGAGGUGCUGAAUUUGUCUGCAGGAGGCUACAGUGUGACAGGGGCAGCGCGUGAUCCUAUCUCCUGGGUGGUGGUUCAGUCCCCAGGGGCGCUACUGCUCAAACCAGCUGUGGUCAGCUAGGGGAAGUGGUGUGUGUGUGUGUGUGUGUGUGUGUGACUGAACAAUGCCUUAGAGCUAACAAUUUGUGGAGGGCGAGGUGCUUUUUAACAGGUAUAUGGGGGUCAAUGGUGGAUUUUCCUUUACAGCCGGGAAAACAACUAAAACGCUCUGAACAUUCCAUUGCCGAAAGGCAACAUCUAAGGACUAAUUGAAGGGUAUUUUAAAUUCCCUGCAAGUAAUUCGGAUAUUCCCCAUGGACAUCUUCAAUGGACCUUUCGCCAAUGGGCACCACCGAAGCAAUUUGGACCGUGCAAUUUUAAUGACUUAUACAAAAUCUAAAAGCAUACUCGUGUUUGGUUUGCACCAGUCAGCACAGAUACCACAGAAUGUAACAUUCGGACAGCCUCUGUGAUGACCACAGUGUUGUAACAUUGUCGUUAGCUGUUCGUUCCACUAGGGGGUGUUAAAGAGCCCGUAAAGUCUGUAUUACUUAUAGCCAAAGUGUAACUGCCUUGGUGGCAGUGUUCAGGGUCAACCUCAGUCAUACAGCUCCACCCAGAAACAAUGUUAAUGAUUCCUAUUAGGGAUGGGCGCCUGAGAUUAAAAUGCAAACAGAUUGAAAUCAGUGCCGUGACCUAAGAGCAAGCACAGCUUUUGUCGCUUCAAAAUCUAAAUUACUCAGCUCUCAGAUGGGUGGCUCCUACAACUUCCUCUGGAGUCGAAUAUUCCCUCAGCGAUGCAUCUAUGUCAGCAGGAAAGGAAAUGAAAGUUUCGCCAGGGAGGUUGUUUCUUUUGUUACAAUUUGGUUUUUUUACACGUUCAUCGUUAACUCCAGUAACUCUUGGUUACCCUCAGGUCCCCUCAGCUCAGAACAGUGUAUUUAGUUCCAGUGUCAUUCGACUGGACUGUCCACAUAGUCCACAAGGUUGUUUGCCAUGACGACAGAGGUGUGUCUUGGCAACAGUAACAAAAACCCAGACCUUGACGUUUCACAAGGCAACGGCCCACACCUUUCACUCCUCUCAACUGCGGAAACUGCAUGAAUGUAUGCUUGUUAUUUUUAGACUAUAAUGGUCCCUCCCUUGACUCUGGACAAGUGCGCGGGACCACUAUAGCAAAAGGCAGAUUUCUUACGCAACCAACCUUACCGCACCUGUCACACACCUCGGUUACGUCUGGUUGUACAUCACAACCCCUGUAAGGCGUAUUCCCGAAAACCUAGUGUACUAAGCAGGAAAUAGGGUGCCCUUUGUGCCGCAGGGCGGGUGGGGGGCUGACUGGUGAACAAAUUGAAUACCUUCGAAAUGAAUGCCAUGUAAAGGAACCGUGAUCCUGUAUGUUUGUAUCCCACGAGCGGCGGACAUUCCUAUAAUGUUCCAAUAGACAUGCCGCGUCUGCUGACAGAGUGUAAGCUUGGGGCCCGCUUCCCUUUUGCCGGGUUCCCUGUUUAAAGACGUGACAUUGCUCCUGAAUGUCGAAUGGUGAUCUUCACUGCGGUACCUAACUACCACAUCCUGACGCGGUUCUCACCACACUCAAGUGACUAUGGCGUCAUCACAAAUUGCUUCCUGUUUUGUUAUCGUAGUGCACUAUUCUGGACCUGAGGCCCUUGGCUCAUAGUUAGCAGUAGGGCACUAAGAUGGCAAAGGAGAGCCAUUUGAGACGCACAAAAUGACAAGGAUCCUAAACCCGGAUCUACAUCCUCGGAAACGACACAUUAACCCUUUGUGCCACAGGGACAUUCCUUAAAAAAGCCGGACCUGCUUAUGAAAUAUUAUUUGCUUAUUGCUUAAUCAGUUGCAAUAUAGGACAUUUCUUGUUUGAUCCUGGUGGUUCACGUCAUAAUACUGUUUGCAUAUAGCUUAGUCAAACACGAGAGGUAAGGUAUCAUAGAUGGUACACACCAGUCAUUGUCAUCACAACGACGGUUUACUGGAAAUAUAGUUACUAAUUCAUAAUUUGGAAUCGGGAACUCCAUGUUUGAGUAGGGAAAAACACGAGGAAUCAGAGUUCCGUCUAAAGCCUAUUUAGGCCACAAGAUUUGUCUUGAUGGCAAAUUAAUUUAAACGACAAUUACAUAAUGUGUCAAUAUUCUUUUAAAUAUUUACAUAAGGAGAAGCUAAGGAGAAGCCCGGAGGUAUGCUGUGGGGCUCAACAGAUGCGCGACAAGCGCCCCGGCCUCCGGGCCUGGAAGGCGUAUGAUUAUAUGAAUGGAUGUUUACGGUCCCCUGAAUCAGGACCAGACAUCAAACUGAGCGAGACAUCGUCUUUAGACCUCAGAUGUGUCUUUGCGGCAGAUCUUGCCACAGGCCGUCACUCAUCUAGAUAAGACCAACGUAGUGUAAAGACGUUCUCGGCGGUAACAGGAAGCACUAAUGGGAUAGAAUUCACUGUCUUGUUUUUUGAUUUUAUCUAGUAUUUAGUAGUCUACAUGUGCGCAAAGGGUUAAUGUUGGACUAUGGCCUAUCUGUUGCAGGCCAGCAUCUGAACAAAGGUUUUCUAUGUUAUCCUCAUUUGCACAUUGAAAUUUACUGUUAUUAUUACUGUCAUCAGUAUUUUUUUAUGUGUCCAAGUGCCUUGUAUGUGUCAAAGGUGAAUAUACAGAAAAUACAAACAGCAAAUUGAAGACCAGGUAUGUCAUAUGUAAUGUAUAAAUGUAUGUAGAUUUUCCCAGAGUCAAGCUGACUUUUCAGCGAGUUGACCAAAAGGUGUGUUUGGUGACAUCAUAGCUCUGUGUGCUAAAAAGAAAAUUCUGAGGACGUUUUAAUUGGGAAACGUCGUUAAUAAUAACUAUGACGAUGAUGCUGACACUGACAUGACGUCAAUAAACAAAGAA